AUGCUCCGUGCGGCCUCAAACUUCCGUGCCGUAGCCAACCGCGAAUUUGCUUGUGCUAAACGACAAUUGAGCAAAACAACAAGAAAGAAUGCCACCGCAGCUGCCACCAGACCAGGAGUCCCACGGGAUGAACGUGAAGGAAAAGAGAUCUACACAACCGUCGGAAUCGAUCACAAUGAGCCAAAGUUCGACAAGAUUCUCAUCGCAAACAGAGGAGAAAUUGCGUGCCGUGUGAUCAAGACAGCUAAGGCUAUGGGAAUCAAGACCGUCGCUGUGCACUCUGAUGUCGACAGUAACUCCCUCCACGUCAAAAUGGCCGAUGAGGCGAUCUGCGUAGGAGAGGCUCCAACGGCCAAGUCCUACCUUCGUGUCGACCGUAUUCUUCAAGCCGUCGAGGAUACCGGAGCUCAAGCGGUUCACCCAGGAUAUGGAUUCCUUUCGGAGAACACCAAGUUUGCCGCCGAGCUCGAGAAGGCUGGAGCCAAGUUCAUUGGACCAAACUCCAAGGCUAUUCUUGAUAUGGGAGACAAGAUUCACUCCAAGAAGAUUGCCACCGCUGCUCGUGUAAGCAUGAUUCCAGGAUACGACGGUGAAAUCCCUGAGGAGGAUUUCUGUGUCAAGGUGUCACGCGAAAUCGGAUACCCAGUCAUGAUCAAGGCUUCCGCCGGAGGUGGUGGAAAGGGAAUGCGUGUUGCCUGGAACGACAAACAAGCUCGUGAGGGAUACAGACUCUCCAAACAGGAGGCUGCUUCCUCAUUCGGAGAUGACCGUAUGCUUGUUGAGAAGUUCAUUGACAACCCAAGACACAUUGAGAUGCAAAUCCUUUGCGACAAACACGGAAACGCUCUCUGGCUCAACGAGCGUGAAUGCUCAAUCCAAAGAAGAAACCAGAAGGUUAUCGAGGAGGCUCCUUCCAGCUUUGUUCCACCAGAGAUGAGACGCAAGAUGGGAGAGCAAGCCGUUCAGCUCGCCAAGGCUGUCGGAUACGACUCCGCCGGUACUGUCGAGUUCCUUGUCGACUCACAGAGAAACUUCUACUUCUUGGAGAUGAACACUCGUCUUCAGGUCGAGCAUCCAAUCACCGAAUGCAUCACCGGAAUCGACAUUGUUCAACAGAUGCUUCGCGUUGCCUACGGACACUCGCUCCCACUCACCCAAGAACAAGUUCCACUCAACGGAUGGGCUUUCGAGUCACGUGUCUACGCUGAGGAUCCAUACAAGGGAUUCGGUCUUCCAUCUGUUGGACGUCUGUCCAAAUAUGUUGAGCCACGUCACGUAGAUGGAGUCCGUUGCGAUUCCGGAAUUCGUGAGGGAUCUGAAAUCUCCAUCUACUACGAUCCACUCAUUUGCAAGCUCGUCACCCACGGAGACAACCGCCAGCAGGCUCUCGAUCGCAUGCAAGAAGCUCUCGACAACUAUGUCAUUCGCGGAGUAACACACAACAUCCCACUCCUCCGUGACAUUGUCCAAGAGAAGAGAUUCCGUAGCGGAGACAUCACCACUAAGUACCUCCCAGAAGUGUACCCAGAAGGAUUCCAAGGAACCGUUUUGACGCAUGCUGAGGAAAAGACCGUCAUCGCAUUUGCCGCGGCUCUCAACGCUCGCAAACUCGCUCGUGCCAAUCAGUUCCUCAACCAAAACAGACAACGCAGCACUCAUGUGGCUUCAUUCUCGAAGACCUACAAAUUCGUCUCUUCCCUUCCAGCCAAGGAAGGACAACGUCCAACUGAGCACGCUGUCGAAGUCUCGUUCGUUGAUGGAGAUGCCAACAAAGCCAAGGUUUCGAUCGGAGGAAAGGUCAUUGACAUUUCUGGAAACUUGAGCCUCUCGCUCCCAGUCAACUCGAUCGAGGUCAACGGAGAGCACAUCACCACCCAGAUUGUUGGAAAGCGCGCCGGAGAGAUCACUGUUCUCUACAAGGGAACUCCAUUCAAGGUGCAGGUUCUUCCAGAACAAGCCGUCAAGUACUUGCAGUACAUGAAGGAGAAGGCCAAGGUUGACUUGUCCACUGUCGUCCUCUCCCCAAUGCCAGGAGCCAUCAAGAACGUUAAUGUUAAGCCAGGAGACAUGGUUUCCGAAGGACAAGAACUUGUCGUCAUGGAGGCCAUGAAGAUGCAAAACAGUCUUCACGCCGGAAAGACUGGACGCGUCAAGGCCGUCAACGUCAAGGUCGGAGCCACCGUCGACGAGGGAGAGGUGCUUGUGGAGCUUGAGUAG